UCCAUGAGUUAAAAUUAUUACAAAUUUGAGCCAUAAAAAAGAAACCUAAGUGCAAGUGUUUUCUAAAGUUUAAAAUACCUCAUUGUGAUAUGUCAUUAGAUCUAAAUCUUUCUGUUUUUGUUCUAGCUAAACACACUGCUAAAUGAACCUGGUGCAGCACACUUUGAACCCAAGAACUCUACCUUUAUGUAAGUUUACAGUGGAAAUGAUUUUUGUUCUGAACUUUCUUCUUGUGGUUGUAAUUGUACAGUGCAUGAUAUUGCAAUCAAUCUUUUUUUUAUAUUUCUCUUAACAGAAGUUCAGCACAUCAGAUUAAAGGUAACAUGGAGUACAGCUUCCAAGAUGGAGACACCAAAACACCAAUCAGCUUCCUCAACGAACUCAAGACACAGAGUGGUGAGUUAAAAUACAAUAUCUUUAUCUCAAUAGGUCUCUUACAUUUAGUUUUUAUUUAAAGUUUUAUCGAAUUCACCUAUUACUCAUUCUUAAUCUGUUUCUGCCUUAUUCACAGAUAUUUUUACUUACAGCAUGUUUUGUAAUGAUAUCUUUCAAAUAUGUUUAUAGGUGACACACCUACCAUGCCCCCCAUAGCAAGCACAGCUGUGCAGAGCACAACAGUUCUAACUCCGGAGAUUAUGACAACUCCAGUUCUGGAGAGAACUACUUCUACAAUUAUGGACAUCACAACGUCUCCCACUCUGGAGAUCACGACAGCUCCACCUCAGGAGAUCAUGGCAACUCCAACUCUGGAGAUCACGGCAGCUUCAACUCUGGAGAUCACGACAGCUCCACCUCAGCAGAUUACGGCAGCUCCAACUUUAAUGGGGAGUGUGCUGAUUUAUAUCCGCUUGGUGUUUAAGAACCUGACCACUCUACCCAGUGAGGCAGAGGUUCUUAAUGCUGCUAAUACUCUGCUGGACUCAGGUGUCAGAAUGAAGCGAGAUGUCAGCACACAAAAACUGAAUAACCCAGUUAGCAUCCAGAAUGUCACCUAUCAAAAAACGGGCAGCAACUCAUACACUAUCAGCUUUGCAUUCAAAAUCAGUAAUGUGAGCAUUUCUAGAAACAUUGAACUGAGGAAUGAAACAUAUGAUGCAAUCCAAAAUACCAUCAAUGGCCUGCUGAACAAAAUACUAAAUGACCCAAAUGCUACGCCAUUUGUCUUCCAACGAGCAAACUACACGGGUAAUGAUACUGUGAUUCAGGCUGAUGCAGAAUACAUCUUUAUGGAAGGAGAUAUCAAGACACCAAGUGGAUUUCUGAAGGAAAUACUCAAAAUUAGUGGAUUAGCUGGAGGAGGGUUUCCAGGAUGGGCCCUAGCCAUCAUUAUCCCCUGUGGUAUAGCCAUCAUUCUUGUACCCUGCUGGAUUAUACUCUGUAUAAUGCUUUCUGGUUGCUGUGGAGCCGUUCGAAGACGCUGGCAUAGACGGCAGUCAUACAACGUGCAGUAUCCAAUACACAACAGCCUCUUCUAAAGAACGAGUUCUUCACGCAACAACACCUUACAUAAAUUUAAAGCCUGUUAUGGUGAAUAAAUGUUAAAAAUUUAGUCGUGAUCAUUUGUGGUGUAUCCCUUUAAUUGCUUGCAAGUGUUUUAGUAUAUGUUACGUUUUGUUCCUGUAUUGCUGAAUUUAUACAGGAUGUAUGUUACAUUUUCAGAGGAAUAUAAUUUAAUGAAUGUAU